CAAAUUUAAUAAAUAAAACAUACUACAUUUCCUUUUUCUUCCUCUCUCUCUCUCUUACAUGAGAACCCCCAACUCUCUCUGAGUCUCACAAACUGGAGAAGACCACAAACCCAAACCCUUCCCUUUGAUUUCCUCAUCAGAUCACUUCAUUUUGCACCUAAACACACCUCAGCCUUCAAAUGGACUAGCCCUACUCAAAUCUUAUCAUAUGCACUUCCACUCUUUACCAUUACUAUUUGAUUGAUUGUCAGUUAGUUAGUUAGAUUUAGAUUUUCAGUUGUAAGUAAAUGAGGUGUAAAAAACAUCAAUCCGACCUCAGUAGCACCAUCGGCGUCUGCGCCUCUUGUCUCCGAGAACGUCUCUUUGCUCUCAUAGCUGCACAGGCCCAGGCUCACGCUCAAGCUCAACGCACCUCCUUAGAACGAGAUCGCCGGAAACAACAAGACCCUCCCCCUCUUAUAUUCCCUCGUUCCGUCUCUCCUUACGUCACUCGUCGAAAAUCUGACGACAACACCACUGCCUGGUCCCACCAUAACCGUUUUUACAGUACUCCUCAAGUGGGCCCCACCUUCGACACCUCCACCACGUCCACUUUCCCCGCUAGGAAGAAAUACGGCAAGUUUUCUAUUUUUUCUAAUCUAUUCAGGUCCAGAUCCGACAAAUUGAAUUCGGAUCCUACUGUUCCUUAUAGGGAUUCCUGCGACUCUUCAUCCUCAUCCUCAUCCUUCCUCUCAACUAUAUUUCGUUCUCGCCGGAAAAAGCAAUCGACUUUCUGUUAUCCAGAAGAAUCUACAACGGGCGGCCGGAGAGAUUGUCGAGUAUCGAAUCGGGGAAUAUCCCCGGAGAGCGGAGUAGAUAAUGAUGAAGACUGCGAUCGUUCGCCGUCGGGAAGUUGGGAAUCGUCGGAAGAUUGGCGAAAAACGCCGAUGACAGCGCCGGCUGCAGUGAGACGGACGCGAACGGGACAUAACAGGAACGUGUCUGGAUUGGCGUUUUGUUUGAGUCCGUUGGUAAGGGCUAGUCCGAGUCGACAGUGGAACCAGAAGGGUGGUUUGCCACCAGACAUUGGAUAUUCGGGCGAGAUAAGGGGCACGGUAAAGCCGCACCUAUCGAGUGCGGCGUCGUUUUGUGCUAAUCGGUCGAGGAAGCUUGCUGAUAUUGGGAGAGGGAAUCAAAACCGUUGAGUGUGAUGCGCGUUGACAUUACCAUGGUUGUGAUUAUGUAUCAUUUAAAUGUACGGUUUUACCCUUACUCAUUUUGCGGUGUUUUUAAUUUUAAUUUAAUUUUAUUGACAUGGUUUAUACAAAUCGAAAAGAGAAAGAAAAAAGAAAAAAGAUUUGUUUGUUUAAUGUACAAAUACAUUGACUUUAUUAUGAUUAUUGGUUGAUUUGAGUGAGUUGUAGCUGGUGUUAUAACAACAGUAGAUUAUGUUAAAAGAAUGAAUGGCAAAAAGAAAGAAGAGGAGAAGAAUGAAUU